AUGACCCAGACAAGAGACUUCCAGCCUCAAUCCGCUACUGCCUCCACCAGCCCAAGCAACAAUCCCGUCAAUGUUCUCAGCGCCAAUGCCAGUGCAACGGUGCAGAAAGCCACCGCAUUCGUGGAAGCAAAAACCAUGAAUGCUGAAACCAGCAACCAGGUAGAUCACGAAGCUGUGUACAAUGCCGGUGAUGAGAAGAUCGAGGAUGAAUAUAAGAUAUCUGCCAUGCUUCCAAACCAUGUCGCCAAUGUGUACCUCCCCUUGGAAGCCCGGCGUCACAGUUUCGGCACCUCCAUAUCCUCUAGCAAGUACACCGAGAACGACUUCGUCUGUUCGCGCAUAGACUGUCACUGUGACGCUGCGAAUCGCGAGGAAACGGACCCAAACGAGUCCACAGUCUUUGGCAGACAGGCUGAAUAUUUCUAUCGCCCUCCUGUCCUGAGCUCCCAUCGCGACCGCCACAUGUCCGGUGACUCGCCUUAUUCAUAUUUUCAACUCCAGAAGAAUGCAGACGCCGCGUAUUGCGAACAAUGCCAGUUUUGCUCUGCCUCGUCCAGGUGGUGCGGCAGACUACCGAGUAACCAGGCUAUCAAAGUACCCCGGUCAAUUCUCGACAGUCAUUCAGAGUUGGAUACCGGUGGCCUAUAUGGGACAGACUGGAAAAUGCAGUUACCCAAUGCAACCUGGGUCCAAGAGCCUUUGAUUGUCAAUUCCGUUCAGGUUUUGGACGAGAAUGGGGGACCGAGGCACUUGGAUUCUCUCGAGCCUGCCGUUUUUUCUAAUACUCUUACACGCCGGCCUUCACGCGAGCCUACUCUUAGUCCUCUUGUUCCAGGGGAAGAUUUGACCGCUUCUAUGGAGAGCCUACAGCAAACCCGAUCAGUGGUUCAGAACGCCGCUCAGAGCUCCAUGUGCCUGAAAUACUUUCGAGACAUCCGCUGCACACGAGAAGAGAGAUGGGCUAUUGAGGAGGGCUCGCUGGUUAUCAGCAUUCCUCCAUCUUUCGUGGAUUUGCCGCAACAGCUCAUUGCCCCCGAUGAAUUCGAGCUGCGUGCCGGAGAAGUAUUUGUUGUUUGUCUCAUGUUCGCGGACAUGUGGGCUCUCUGUGCACGGCACAGGUUAUCCAAUUCUAUUGCCUCAGUGCAAGGUGCUACUGCCCUACAGAAUUCCGAUAACUUCAAGUUCCUGCCCCUCUGUGCAGUGACAUUGGCUGCCAACUAUGGCCCUUUCAAUCGACGUUGUGCAACUUACAAAAAGAGAUUCCCCUUUUCAACGUUUUAUCCAUCUGGAGGAAACCGCAUCCAGCCCCCAGAGCGCAAGGAGAGUCUAGAGGCAAGUCGCAAAAUCCUUAACGGACCUGCCGACCAAAUGCCUACCUUGCCUAAAAUGGUGUACGAACUCUGUAAAGCGCCUGUCAAACUACCGCAUUUCACGGAAUACGUAUCCUUCGAGCCACCCAUCAAGACGCGCAAUAGUUACGCCACGCUAAAACGACUCCUGGGAAGACUGGUAUUCAAAGAAGAAAGCACAAGCAAAAGAGAGACUCCUGGAGAAGAAGAAGGACAAGUCAGUGAUAUUCCCACGGAGAAGCAAGAUCACAAGCACUACGAAUUGUCCGGAGAAGGAGGACAAGAUCCUUCACCAGUAGACACUACUAAGAGAAAGAUGCAAAAGCGCAAAAGUAUUCGAAACUUCUUUCGAUCGAGCAAGUGCCACUGUGCAGAGGAGGAAUCCAUUUGA